ACAUGUAGGUAGGAUUGUAGGGACAUCAAUUGCUAUAUUAUGUUAUCAAAUUAAAAGAUACAUUUAAUUUUGAUAAACCAUUCCAGAGUACUUUUUAGAUAGGUGCAUGGUUGAACUUCAUUGGUAUAGUUGUACAGGAUUAAAAGUGUCUCGGAAUUUUAUGUUGAUUUUGAGCUUCAUAAUAUGUUGCAUAGAAAACAAUAGAACAUUAUACUGUUUUCUAUUUGCAUAUAUAUACGUGUUACAGAUAGAUACCUAAAAGUAAAUGAAGAGGUCAUAAUUACUUGUAUUUGUCUAUGAUAUUGUGCAGGAAGUAUCAUAUAGAUGUCUUAUUAACACUUGUAGACUCUGUCUAACUAUAUUGUAUAUAUCUAUCUUCAUACAUUUAUUACCAGUGUAUGUUUUUUAAUAAGAAGUUUUAAUUAUUCAUAUACUAAUUACUAAUAAUAUUUUUUUGUAGAAGUCAGGGGGAUAAGACACCUAUGUAGCAAUUUUAACAAUUGACAUGUUUUCUUACAUAUAAAAAUCCUUGUACAUGUAUCCAGUUUCAGAGUGAAAUUCAAACAACCAUCCUGUUGUGUAGGAGUGUUUGUAUAUGCAUGCAGAGGUCACCAUCUUAACUUCUUCCUUGAAUACUAGCACAACACGUCUUCUGUCUCUACUCUUUAGGAUUUAUAUAUAUAUGCUGAUGUGGUAACAAGGCUGCUACAUGUGUUCUACAAUCAAUAUAGGCAGUCAGUCUCCCUCUCUAGCCUCUCUCUCUGGGUGAUGGUGGCUUGUUAUUGUUGUUAUUUAUGUUGUGUAUGGACAGCCUGUGUUAUGUGUCUCUGUUAUGACUCACACCAACAUGAUUCAAACUGUCAGAGGUCAGGGACAUUGCUUCAAUGUGUAAGGUCUGUAUUUUCCCUUCAAGAUGUUGACCUGAGAUGAGAGUUGAAGGAUGGAUUAAAUAAGGAUUAAGAUACCAGCAGCCAGUCCUGCAGUACUGACGACUCUGUGGCGUAAUGGAUGACAGGCGAGUUGCAGACUACUUUGUGGUGGCAGGGUUGCCAGACAACCCCCUCCCCUUGGAGGAGUUCUCCAAUGAAGCGGCAAUCAAACCAACAUACAAACAAGACCCCAUCACAGACAUUGCCGUCAUCGACAAGACCCUGGGAGAAAAAGUCCCCAAGGGCUACACCUGUAUCGAGAGGACACAAUUUAACUACCUUGCAGACCUGAAUCAUGGCAGCAUCAGGUGCCACGAGAUGUUCCUGUGUUACAAGCGGGGGAGGGACAAACCUCCGCUCACUGACGUGGGGGUACUUUAUGAGGGGAAAGAGAGAUUGAUGUCUGAAUGUGAAAUUGUACACACCACACCCUGGGGGAGCCCGGCUAAUGUGAAUAACGGUAGCAAUGGGAGGAUCUAUAUAACGUUUCGGCGGGCACGGGAAACAGCAGCCAGUGAUACCCUGGCAGUAGUUGAUGUUGUCAUUGUACUGCAAAAUAAGAAUGAAGUCGCUCCUCAUGCCUAUCACAAAAUAGAGAAAAACUUAAACAGAGGAAUGGUGGGCUCUGAUGUAUUUGUGUGUUACAAGAAGGCCAUGGUGAAGGCAGACAUUCUUGCCUACAAGCCUGGAUUGAUACAAAGAUACCCUGAGGAAGAUUAUGAGAAUUUUCCCCUGCCCCCUGAGGUGCCCCAGUUCUGUCUCCCCAUGGGAUCCUCAAUAGAGUGUUGGUCAGCCAAAGCCCAGCAUCCUCUCCCCGUCUUCUCCACAUUUGUACUAACACUGGCUAAUAAUGAGAAGGUUUAUGGUGCUGCUGUCACAUUUUACGAGGAAUUUGAGGAAGAGAAACUGACAGAUUUACAAAUGAGACAUUUAGGACUGAAAAAUAAACAUAUUCGAGAACAGUAUCGGAUUCUUAAAACUGUACAUUCCAAUAAGAGUAUCUGUCUUCUUUCCCACUGGCCGUUCUUUGAUGCCUUCAGGAAGUUCCUGACUUACCUGUACCGUAUAUCUAUAACUGGUCCCCAUCCCGUCCCCAUUGAAAGACAUAUAUCUCACUUCAUGUUUGAUGUUCCGUACCCAUCUCCUCAAAGGCCGAGGAUUCUUGUGCAGUUAAAUCAUGAUGCCCUCUCUUUGUCCAUGCCAGAAGAUUCUCCAUUACCCCAGAGUGGAGCGUCGUACGUGACGAUGCUGAAGAACAUGGGUCCUGAGAACUGCAUGAGUUUACUGCUGUACAGUCUGCUGGAGUACAAGAUACUGGUCCACUCACUGCGUCCCGCGGUGCUGACCGGGGUCGUGGAGGCCGUGGCUGGGAUGAUCUUCCCCCUACACUGGCAGUGUGCAUACAUUCCUCUCUGUCCCUUGGGACUCUCUGAUAUGUUGUCAGCCCCGGUGCCAUACAUUGUAGGUAUUGACUCGAGAUACUUUGACCUGUAUGACCCGCCCCCUGAAGUGGUGUGUGUUGAUCUGGACACGGUCACCAUCAGUCUCCCGGAAGAUAAAAAAGGUGUAAACUAUAGGAGCUUGCCAAAGAAGCCAGCCCGAGUCCUACAAGACACUCUACACAAGCUGUUUGACGAAUUGUCCACCAGACACGGCCUUGGUCACAACAUCGACGAGAUCAACCUUGAGAUGGGCUCGUUUGAUACUGACUUCAAGAAAAAGAGAAAGGAGGACCUUUCUUUGGUCUUUGAAAGAAAGACCCUGCUGGAGCUGUCCAUUCAGGAAGCGUUGCUGAGGUUCAUGGCGUGUCUGCUGAAGGGCUACAAGAACUUCCUCAAACCCAUCACCAAGGCCCCCACAGAGUCAACCACCGACCCGGCCUCACUCUUUGAUAUUCAAGGGUUUUUGAGAAGCAGAGACAAGUCCAACUUGAAGUUUUUCCAACAGAUGGUAAAGACUCAGACUUUCAUCAGUUUUAUCUCAGAGAGAUCCUUUGUCUCUGACAAAGAUGCCAGCAUCGCUUUCUUUGAUGAGUGCAUGGAAAAGGUGGAUGAGACAAAAGAUGAACCCAAGUUGAUAGACAUUGAUGAAUCUCAGAACAGUGAGAGAACAGUAUUUAUAAUGCCUCCUGACCCAACAGGGUUACCUGAGGGGAAAACAUACAGUUACAAUGGUUUCCCUGAGUUGCGGUCAGAGUUGUUCCUCAGAAAGCAGAUCUCUAAUGUUUCUUUGAAUGAGAAACCUGCUAAAAGUAUGCAUGAGCCACUGUCUCGAAGAACAAAGCAGGAAAUAAGAUCAGCUCAGAAGAUGGCUCUUCAGUAUGCGAAUGAUCCUCAACUCUGGGCCAAGUGCUUGUUGAGUCACUGCUACAGCCUGUGGUUUAUCCACCUGCCAGCGUACAUUGAACAGUCCAAGGCCCUCAACAAAUGUAUGAAGGAGGCCUACGACGUCCUACAGAAGAUGCAGCUGGCAAAACUACACCCUCCUGAUGAGAUGUGUUAUCGUGUGAUGCUUCAGUUGUGUUGUCUCUACAACCAGCCUGUCAUGGCUGUCAAAGUCUUGUAUCAGAUGAAGAGGGCCAAUGUCCAACCCAACGCCAUCACCUAUGGCUACUACAACAAGGCAGUGUUUGAAGGAACUUGGCCUUCCACCAGAAGUAACGCCUCCAUCUUGUGGAGAAAACUCAGAAACGUCAUCAUUGGAGCGGCUCAGUUCCGGAGGAGACUUCGCCGGCGAAGCAUGUCCCUUAACUCCAACUCCGGCAGCGACUACGAUCGUGUGAGUCGCACCAGCAUCGACAGUUUCCUGGAGGAUCAGUCAGAGCACAGGAGUACAGGGAUAAUGGUGAAAUCGGACAUCUUCAGUGAUUCUAGUCAGAUCAGCACGGCCAGUAAAGGAACCAUGUCCUCCUCCACUACAACCGCCAAGGACGAGAGCAGCAGCACGGGUGGUGUAUCCGACAAGGGCUAUAACUCAAUGUCCAGAGAGGAACUGAAAUCCCUAACUCAUCAACCUUCCAGUGGAGAAACAGACUCAGAACAGCAAAAAGCCAACAAAGAGAAGACUAGUCUACGGUUUACACUGCCCAGUACACACAAGGGCAAAGAGAAGAAGGAAGUUAAUGGAGGAAAUCCAGAAAUCACAUUCAGUGAGGUCGAGCCUGACUUUAGGAAUCGGGUGGGCAGUAUCGUCAGGAAGUCAAUGGGUAGCGUGAGCAGCUCAGGCAGCCAUGAAACCCUCAAAGGAAGUAUGAUGACAAGCUCACAAGCAGGGCUGCUGAUGUUGAGUCAGAACUCUCUGGAUUCCACAUCGUUUCCACAGGAUGUUAAUCUCCAGUCCAGUCUAAAUGCAGGUGACAACAAGCGGAAACGCCACAGGAGUGCUGGAGACUACCACACCAAGACCUCGCGGUCCAACAGUGUGUUCAACAACUGGCGUCCGCGACACAUCAGUGGUGACCCCAGCUGUAUAGGAAGGACUCCUAAGGAGAUUCUGUUGGAUGACGAUAUUUUCGUGGAGGAGAAUGUAAUUUCCAGGGGGAAUCUGGAGGGAAUUAAUGAGACAGUAGACAGUGGUGUGAUUGUGGAGGAUCCACAGGGUGGAGCUCUCCACAGUGAUAGACCACAGGGACUGGAUCUAAAUCAUUCCGCGGAUCCGGAGGAUUCAGGCACCCAGCCUUGUGAUAUUCCUCAGAGGAAGAGCUUAUUGGAUGGAUUAGGUAAUGUUGUACAUUCCGUUGGAACUCCUGUUACAGAGAAUGAUCCUCUGGGGUUAUUUAAUGAAGAUGAUCCUGGUGAGGAAGGACAGGGAGAGGAGAAAGUGGUCAUGAGGCGGAAAAACAUUCAGACUCAGCCUUUUAAAUCAGAGAGGCUAAAUUAUGGAAGACAUAGUGCUAAUUUUGAUGCGGAUAUUCACCCAGAAGCGACUCUUCUGGUCGAUCCGGAGGAUCCAGAUGUGGUGUAUAGUGUUAGAGAAAUAGACCCGAGUGAAGCAGGGAUUCAGUGCAAUAUUCCAGAUGAGCAGAAGGCUUCGUUCAGGAUUGGAUCAGGAUUAAGUCUGGAUGACUCCUUAUCCACUGAGUAUUUUGGAGGAGGACCAAGACCUUUAUCUCAAAUGGAAAAAAUUGGAAAAAGGUUAAUGGGAAGAACACAGAGCACUCCAGAUAAUCUGGAUGAACAAGAUCGGACAAGUAAAUCUGGAUUAAGUGCUGUGACAAAUUAUCUCAAGUCUUUUCAGUCGCCUACAAAAAAAUCCCAGGACUCAUUAGAUGAAGCAGGUGGUACACCAUCGGAAUCCAGAUUCAGAAGACUUGGGAGUUUUCGGAAAGGAGAACGGUUAAGUGGUGCUUUUAAAUCAGCAGCAGGUGCUCUGAUGAGUAAAGUGAAUGAAAUAAAACAGACAAUUUCUACCCCCGUGAAGUAUGGCUCCUCUCACUCCCUGGGGAGGUCCAGUGAUAACCUGGAUGUAGAUGAGAAAAGAGGGAGAGAUAUGCCGGGAAGAUCUCUGGAUCAUCACAGGAAACACAGAAAUCCGCUCGAAGAAUUUGAUAACUUACAUCCUUAUCCUAAUAGUAGUUUACCAUCUUCCUCUUUUAUGGAGCAGUAUGUCCCUCUCAAGGAAUUUGGUGAAAACAAGUCUGUUACUUUUGCAAGUUUAGAAAAUACAUUACAAAACAUUGCCAUGGAGAUUGAAAUUAGCAGCUGUUUCCGUUGCAAUAGAUGUAGAGCUCUUUUGUAUGAUGAGGAAAUAAUGGCUGGAUGGUCUGCUGAUGAUUCAAAUCUUAACACAACCUGUAUAUUCUGCCAGAAUAAACUUGUGCCAAAACUACAAAUCUAUGUGAAGGAUUGGCGUGGUGGGAAUGUGUCCUCGGUUGAGGGCAGCAAGGACGACGACACGGACAAACAGUCCUCUACAACUGACACUGACGCACACUCUAGUCACUCAAACCACGACCCCUGGGUCCUCCAGGAUAAAAUCAAUUCCAUCUCUAGUCUAGACAACUCCAACAAUGACCUCUUCUUUGGGGAGGAGCAUCUAGAGGGGGAGGGGCCACUCAAUGUGUUGGAGUCCCCCGAGAGGGCCAAGCGGGACAGUCACCUAGCCAAGGCGGCUGUGUCCAAUACCGCCAGCUCCCGGUCCUCAAGUUCCAUAGAUUUGGAGGGUAUAGCCCUGAACUCUCGGCGACGCUGUGCCAGUGAGUGCUUCACUAACUCUACAGACAACAUGAUGUACGGGUCGUCAUUUGACUCGGUGGAGGAUUAUGGGGGUUAUUUGUCUUCUCCUAUUCGUAUUUCUAUUGGAGAAGAUGUAGAAUUACCCACAGGUCCAGACCCCACACCAGAAAUGAAGAAAGACUUCAUGGAGCGCUGUACAACCUCUGUGGAUCCUAUCACCGUCCCAUACUUAUCUCCCCUGGUCCUCCGGAAGGAGCUGGAUAACAUCCUGGCCAAUGAAGGAGACCUCUCCCUGGGCUCGGACGAGUUCCUGGACCAGCAUCCGAUCAUAUUCUGGAACUUGGUGUGGUACUUCAAGCGACUGGAGGUCCCUAGUCAUGUCCCUGGUUUCUUACUGACUGCCAAGUCCAUCAACGGAGAGGAGGGCAAUGUUGGCGUAUACAGUAGUAAGCAUGUUUUGAUACGCCCCAUGUGGGAUAACGUCCGCAUCCAUGAAGAAGUGGGUCUGCCUAUGUACAGGUCAUGGAAUGAAGGUCGAAGUUCUCACAUGGUCGAUGCACUGAUUACAGAGGCGCAACCUUUCAAUAAAGCAAUUUUACAUCAAAUUAUUGAGAGCAUCAUGUGUAAUGACCUUUUGACCCCUAUAAAACUGGUGAUGAACUGUCGUCGAAGGCUGCGUCUAAGGAAGAGUCGACACAGGAGCAUGUACCGAGACAUCGUUUUCCUGGCCUUUGUGGCCUGUGGCAAGGAGAAUAUUGAUAAUGAUGCUUUCGAUCGUGAAUACAGACAAGCAUUCAACAAGCUGUCACACAUGGAAAUCAAGCGAACACAGAGAGACGACAGACCUCGCAAAACUAGAAUCAUUUGGUGUCGAAAAGUGUUUGGGGAAUUAGAAGUGUAGAUGCAAGUUUCUUAUUGUGAAGUCAUAGUGAUAGUAUUUGAUGGGGAGAAAAAUCAUGUCCUGAAUCCAUAACUUUAAUAUUCUCUUUUCUCUUAAACUUGAAUGAACAGAGGGUACAUUUUUUUAUGAUACUGUUGCCCUUUUAAAGGUCAGUUAUUUAUAACAUGUAAAAACUGUAAUUAAUAUGGUGAGCAAGUUGGUGCUGUGAAUGUAAAGAAAUGGAGAAAUCUGAAUGAUAAUGUAAUUAUUUAUGUAACAAUUUGUGCUAAUGAGUUGGUGAGCAGUGUUAAUUAUUGUUCAAUGUAACGGUGUGCUUGAUGUUUGCUCAGUUUGGGGAAUUUUUAUGAGGGUUUUCCAUAAUAUAUAAUAAUCAUAAUUAUUUGCAUUCAAUUAAUUCAUAGCAUUCUCAAAAGUUCUUCUAUACAAAUCUAUGUAUGACACUUUACAUAAAGUUAUCAAUAAAUUGAAACACUUAGAGAUGCAUGAACUUAUACAUGUAAUGGAAAAAUAUUGUAUUUGCAAGAAAACAAUUGAUUUUUAUCAGUAAUCGCCUGCCAGAAUUAUGAUGUCAAGUUCUUCAUUGCUUUUAUUGUUCUGUUAUUUCAUUAAAAAAAAGUAUUAAAAUCAAUGUAAAAAAGUUAAUUUUAUAGUAACAUCAAAUGAAACUUUAAGAAGAAAUGUUUCAUGGGAUUUUUUAAGAGUGCUAUAUACAUGUAUGCAUCAAAUGAAAUAGAAAAAGUCUACCAUCAUCUGAUCAGUUAAGUACGAGGAACAUUAUCCACAUGAUGGGAAGAUACCUAGCGCCUUCGUUGGUUAGUUUUAUUGAAUUAUGCCUGUAUCUUCAUCAAAUUAUGCCAGUAUAAGGAUCACAAGCAUGUGUCAAUGUUUGGAGUUUGGAGUGUUUAUACAUAAUCAAUACACAUGUAAUUUAUUUAUGAACAUAUGAUGGUAAAGAAGAAUGUUAUGUACAUGUAAUUAUUGCUGGUACUUUUGGUUCUGUAGGUUUUUAAUCUCUGCACAAGUUCUCUAAAUUGCUUUUUGAUAUGCAUCUGUUAUCUGUUGUGUGGGUCUCAUUGAUUCAUUGUAAGGGUCUAUAUAUUCUAGAAAUAUGUGGAUUCUAGAUAUGGUUUAUAAUUAUGUAAACAAAGGGUUCAAAGUCCGGGAAUCUAGAUCAUGUGUAUGCAUGACAGUUUGUUGUUGAUUUUUUUUUAUUGUAUGGUGCCACUAGGGAUAUAAAUUAUACAUACGUGUGCAAUUGGUGUCACCAGAAAAUCAUAGGUGUGAGCUUUUAAAAUGUUGCUGGCUGCAUAAUUUAUUAUGAGAUUUAAUGACAUUGUAAUUCUGUUCUAGAUGAUGAUGUUGUAAAUAUAUUAAGUUCCUUGAAGAUGAGAAAAGCUAAUAUAAAUAAAUAAAAUGCUCAUUGAUAUGUACAACAUGUUUUAAUGUGUGCUGUUGCUAAAUUUUAGUCACUUAUAGAUAGACCCAUCCAUUGUACAUGUAAAUAUUAGAGUAUUAAUUGAGUAGGUUGUAUAUUGUACAUAUUCAAUGUGUAAAAUAUUAACAAGUAAAUAAAAUGAGAUAUAGGGUGAACUAACAA